AUGGCUGCAGCGACUCCGUCGAAUAAAAGUAGUCAAAAAAAGAAGAACCAAAGAGAGCCUGUAGCAGCCGAAAAAAAGACAGAAGAAGCUUCCUCGUCUCCCUCAGAGUCUGAUGAAGCCCCCGACUUAACUGAAGGCAGGAAACCAGAUGCUGGAGAUGACAAUACUAGUAAACAAUCCCGCAGUGAGAAGAAAGCUCGUAAAGCGAUGUCAAAAUUGAACCUUAAGCCAGUUGGUGGCAUCUGUCGUGUGACUAUUCGAAAAGCAAAGGCUAUAAUGUUUGUGAUCAGCAAUGCGGAGGUCUUCAAGGCUCCUAAUGUGGACACUUACAUAAUAUUUGGCGAAGCCAAAAUUGAGGACAUGUCCACACAAGCUCAGGCCGCUGCCGUCGAAAAGCUGCGUUCACAGACCCUCGCUGGAGCUGGCAAGGAUGCCCCGUUAUCUAAGGAGAAUGAACCCGUGUCUAAGUCACCGAUUGCUGAAGAAUCUGAAGAUGAGGAAGUCGACGACACUGGUCUUGAAGCAAAAGAUAUUGAGCUUAUUAUGGAACAGGCUAACGUAUCUCGCUCUAGGGCGAUCAAUGCCCUCCGAAAGAAUAACAAUGAUAUCGUGAACGCCAUCAUGUGUUUCUCCUUAUCGUUAGCCUUCGUGGUGCCUACGCGUGCGUGGCUGCCGUCAGAGAUUUAUGCCGCCAUGAACUGUGGUGGAUUUCGGGGUUUAUUGGGUCUUGAAAUGCAGCUCCUCAUGAAGAACGUGGUAGCCGUCCUCAACUUACAUUGCGUCUGCGACGAGGGUCAUGAGUUGGAGAAAUAUCAACUUCGUGUUCUUCCAUCUUAA